UUUCUAGUCGGCAGAGGAGCGGGAGGACCGGAGCUGCUGCGCUGAGAACAGCCUGUGUGUGUGCGUGUGUGUGUGUGAGCUGGAGUUACAGAGGUGAUACGCGAACAGCAAGACGCACACACUCCUCCCUCCCUCUCCACGCUGGUUUCGCAGGGAGAAGCCGAAAAAUACAGUCCCCGAGUCGACGUCAAACCUUCUGCUGUUAUCGCGACGGCGACGGAGGCUGGAAGCGACACAAAGUGCAAAGCAGGAGUCGAGCCGCCCGAGUCCUCCCAAGUUCUCCCCCGCGCUCCGCUCCAGAGCAGGCGAGGGGCUGCAUGCGCCGAUGGCAUCCGUACUUGGGAACAGCAGCCGCGCGUCCGGGGCUCAGGGCGGCCAGGUGAAAUGCAAGCUGAAGAGGAGGAGGAGGAGGCGAUCGAAGAGAAAAGAGAAAGUCAGUACGCUGUCGGCAUUGAUCGCUCCCUUCAAGUACAUAAGCCCUGGGACCAGCAGCACAGAGGACGAGGACAGUUUAAGUACCAGCAGUGCAGAAGUAAAAGAGAACCGUAACAUCGGUAACUUAGAGGAUCGCACCGCAGGAUCUGCAGAGUGCCAGUCGCUCUUCUGCUCCGACUCCACGAGAAGUGGCGGCUCUGGUCUGAAGAGGAAACGGCCGCUGGAGGAAGACAACAAUGGCCACAUUUGUCACCUCCGUCUCAUCUAUAAGAAACUGUCCUGGUCUGAGGCUCCAAAGAACGCCCUGGUGCAGCUGAAUGAGCUGCGGCCGGGCCUGCAGUACCGCAUGGUGUCGCAGACAGGCCCCGUGCACGCUCCGGUCUUCUCCAUCGCUGUGGAGGUGAACGGGCUGACCUUCGAGGGCACGGGCCCCACCAAGAAGAAAGCGAAGAUGAGGGCUGCCGAGUUGGCCCUCAAGUCCUUCAUCCAGUUCCCCAACGCUCCUCAGGCUCACCUCGCCAUGGGAAACAUCUCCAACCCUUCGGCCGACUUCACUUCAGACCAGGCAGACAUCCCUGACACGCUCUUCAAGGAAUUUGAGUCCUCGCCUUGCUCUGAUGGCCUCUCGCUCUGCAACUCAGACGCUGAGAGCGAGCUGCUAUCAAGCGAGCUUCUGAGACAUGGACGGUUGCUUCGCCACACCUUGGACCUGAUGGUGCAGGCGCAGCAGAGGCUGGGCGGGAUUGUCCCAGAGCCCGAGGCCCCCAAGAGUGCUGUGGCUUUGUUAAAUGAGCUCCGGCCAGGCCUGCGCUACGCCUGCCUUUCGGAGCGAGCCGAAGGCCGACGGCUGCAUAGCUUUGUGAUGGCGGUGCGCGUGGACGGGCGGAUAUUUGAGGGCUGCGGUCGCAGCAAGAAGCUGGCCAAGACCCAGGCAGCCCAGUGUGCUCUUCAGGCCCUCUUCAACAUCAGGACGGCCCCUGAGGGGAGAACAGGCCUCAAAGCCAGCAGGAAGACUUGUCCUCAUUUACCCCAGGACUUUGCCGAUUCAAUAUUCCACUUGGUGAGGGAGAAGUACCGGUCGCUGGUGGGCGGCUGCAGUCCUGCGCACGCACGACACAAAUCCCUGGCAGGCAUCGUAAUGACCCAAGGACUGGACCUGAGGCACGCCCAGGUGGUGGCCUUGUCCACGGGCACCAAGUGCAUCAACGGCGAGUAUCUGAGUGACCAGGGGCAGGUGGUCAAUGACUGUCACGCCGAAGUCACGGCCCGAAGAGCGCUGCUACGCUUCCUCUACUCUCAACUUGAACUCUUCUUGAGUAAAAGGCCAGAGGACUGGGAGGAGUCGAUAUUCGUGCGGCACAAGGAGUGCGGCUUCAGGUUGAGAGACGACGUCCACUUCCACAUGUACAUCAGCACGUCACCGUGUGGCGACGGGAGACUCAACUCGCCCUAUGAAAUCUCCACUGACUUACACAGCAGCAGACACCUCAUGAGGAAGCACCGGAACCACCUGCGGACCAAAAUCGAGUCCGGGGAGGGGACGGUGCCGGUGCGGUGCCGGGGGCCGGUGCAGACGUGGGACGGCGUCCUACAGGGCGAGCAGCUCAUCACCAUGUCCUGCACCGACAAGAUCACCAGAUGGAACGUCCUGGGCCUGCAGGGGGCGCUGCUGAGCCACUUCCUGGAGCCCGUGUACCUGCAGAGCGUGACGGUGGGCAGCCUGCGCCACACGGGCCACCUGGGCCGAGUCGUGAGCCAGCGGCAGGAGCGCCUCGGCCCCCUGCCCGCCACGUACAGACGCAACCAGCCGCUGCUCAGUGGGCUGAGCAGUGCCGAGUACCAGCAGCCGGGAAAGGCCUCGUGCUUGAGCGUCAACUGGACGCUGGGCGACACGCAGCUGGAGGUGGUCAGCACCGCCACGGGACGGAGGCGGGAAUCAGGGACUCCAUCGCGUCUCUGCAAGCACGCCCUGUUCACGCGCUGGAGCAGGCUGUACCGCAAGUUGGGGAUCAUCGUGUCCGGCUCGGCGGACGACCAGCUCCUGUACUGCGAGGCAAAGAUGGCGGCGCGCCCCUAUCAGACAGUGAAGCAGCAGUGGUUCAGAUCUCUGCAGGAGACAGGCCUCGGCACCUGGGUCAAGAAACCGCCUGAGCAGGAACAGUUCCUGCUGGCGGUCUGAGGAAGAGUGUGUGUGUGUCUGUGUGUGUGUGUUUGUGUAUGAGUGUGAGUGUGUGAGAUGGAGAAAGAGAGAGAGAGAAGAAGUGUUUGUUUAACCUUUAUUUUUUUAGAGUAAGAUGACUUUGUGCUCCUCACCGACAUCCUGUUUCACAACCUUUAUUCCCGAAAGUUUCAACCCCUGAACAUCAACGCCAUCCCCACCGUCAUUCACCCGCAUCCAGAGGAAGGUCGGCGGCACCGGGCCGAAAAGGAAAAAGAGACCAACAAUAAUCGUUUAGACCCACGAACACACACAUUUAAGCAAACACACACCUAAAUACCGCAACUCUCUGUCCGUCAGGGAAGGGUGGGGUAACCUUGAGCAGAAUGAAAGACAGCCGCUAUCUUGUCAUCAGCUAUUUCCGGGCCCAAAGGCUCCCGCUGAGGAGCCGAGCCACGGGGGAGAGAGAGAGAAAAGAGAGACAGAGCGAGAGAGGGUGAGAGAGAGAGGGGUCCACGUCCAAUUACCAGCCCUGUCAGGGUGACGGCUGAUAGAGGAAGAGGAAGGAAAAAGAGAGAGUGAGAAAAAGAGACCUGCUUUCAGACCUCCUCACCUUCCCCUCUCUCUCUCCCUCCCUCUGUCCCUCUCUCAUUUCUAUUUCUUUCUUCUUCUCAGACUCACCCCUUGACUCCCGACUUCCCCUUCCUUUUGUCUCCCUCCUUUGCCCUCUCUCCAUUUUAUUCCCCUCGCCUCCUCUUUGUCGCUCUCUCUCUCUACCGCCUUCCAAGCGAUGGAUUUCGACAUGACUCGACGACAGGUUAAUACACCCUCUUUUUUUUUUACUCCUCCCCCCGCUCUCACCCCACUGGGCAGAGAGGAGGGAAGGAAACGUGGUGGUGUACGUAAACACGGCCAUUACAGCUCGCCUUAGUACAAAUUGAGGUGGUGGCGGUGAAGAUGGCGGAGGUGUAUUUCCUUGUUUUCCCCUCUCUGUUUAUCUUUCCUCCCUCUUUGUCUUUUGACCUCGGCCCGUCCUGUUCUUUCUCCAAACACCUGAAUCACCAAUAAGAGCGAGUUGGGGUUGUGACUCAUUAGCGAGGCCUCGUUGACCUCAUCGACUCGCUCUCCCUCGCCGUGUCACCACCACCCCGAGCCGAUAGCAGUCGAGGUGGCGUGCAGCUUUGCUCAGCACCUUGGGCGACCUGAGGGUGGUUUUAUUUUGAAAUGCCAUGUAGGCGUUCAUAGAUUCUGACGUGACUCUGGAUCCGUGUACAUUUGUACCUCGCACUCAUUUUUGCGUAUUUCCCCGAUGUAAACACACAACCCAGCUAAAUGUUUAUGUUCGUGACGAUCAUGACUUAUGUGGUUGUGUCACUGCCGAUUUCUCUUGAAGGUGUUGAAAAUGAAUGGAAGGCGUCACCAGCACGGCUCAGUCAGUGGUAAAAUCCAAAUAGUGAGAGUGACAUCUAGUGGUGCGGUUCUGUCAUGUUGUGGUUUUCCUCUCCUGCCCCCGGCUGAUGCUGGGAACUUCACGAACUCCAAGUGAGGAAACAGUCAAACUCUCAGUCUGAGAAAUAAGCUCUUCAGUGGAGGGAGGAUUUUUACACAACAAGCAUUGAGCUGAGAAUCUGACCAACGUGUGACCCGCUUCUGGUUGAUUCAUAAUUUUUCCCUUCGUUGAAAAAAAAUUGCCAAUCAGUGUUUAUCAAUUUAAAAAUGUGUGAAUUUGAUUUAGAGUUUUUUAAAGGCUCUGAAAAUCCAAUUUCAAGUAUUCCUUCCAAUUAAUUGAUAUCCUAUUAAUAUAUAUAUAUAUC